AGAAGGAAAACGAUACAACAAUUAGGAAACACUUGAAAGUUACAGAGAUUGGAAACAAGUGUUUGCUUUAAGCCGCCGACACGUCGAUAGGUGCUCGGAAACCAUUGUAUAAACAAAACACGAGACACAAUCGUCCCAAAACGAAACGUUUUUUGGUUCCAUGCAGUGCCACCAGUGAUGCACAGAAAAUGAUUGUUCAGCAAUAUUGAGUAACGUGAUUUCUUGCAUAUUUGUUGGUUAAAUUGGUGUACCAUACUCAUUAGGCUGUGUGAAACAGUGUCUGAGGCGUAGAUUCAAGCUUUCGUUGAUCGUGCAAAACCACUUCCUCUUGCAAAAAUGGACGAAGUUACAAUGCUUUUAGCACUGGUCAUCGUCAUGUUGGUGGGAUCAUAUUUGGCCGGAAACAUUCCACUGAUAAUGUCACUGUCGGAGGAAAAACUCAAAAAUGUAUCCAUCUUCGGAGCAGGCCUUCUAGUGGGAACCGCUUUGACGGUUAUUAUCCCGGAAGGUAUCCGGUCGCUGUACGACGAACGUUCACUGGAGCAGGCAGCGAAAGGCCAUGGAACGGCUUCCGGGCUGUCCGUGGAAGAACAUAAACAUGAACACAGCAAUGACGAACAUUCAGGAACGAUAGGACUGUCCCUAGUGCUCGGUUUCGUGUUUAUGAUGCUCGUCGAUCAAGUGUCUUCGCGGCGCACGGAAGGAUCGAACGAAAGAAAUCUAACGGCCACGAUCGGCCUGGUGGUACAUGCAGCGGCGGACGGUGUAGCUCUCGGUGCCGCUGCCACGACCAGCCACUCGGACGUAGAAAUCAUCGUGUUUCUUGCGAUUAUGUUACACAAAGCACCGGCAGCUUUCGGACUGGUCAGCUUCCUGCUCCACGAGGGAGUCGAGAGGGAUCGUAUUCGAAAGCACCUGCUUAUUUUUGCCUUGGCUGCCCCGGCACUGACCCUGCUGACCUACUUUGGCAUCGGUAGCGAGCAGAAGGAAACGCUCGAAUCGCUUAACGCCACCGGAAUAGCCAUGCUGUUUUCGGCAGGCACUUUCUUGUACGUUGCCACGGUACACGUGCUGCCCGAGCUGACGCACCGAAGUGGUCACGGGCAUGGCCACAGUCACGCGAUUCAUCAUGGAAACUACAGUCUACUUGAGCAACAACCACCAUUGCCAGUCGUCAGCGGGAAACCGUCGUCUCCGGGUGGUCCAGGUGGAUUACGAAACUACGAACUGGGGUUACUUAUUCUGGGUGCUUUGGCACCGCUCUUCCUGACGCUUGGUCAUCAUCAUUAGCGGAACAGUUAGGGUAAUCGGACCGAUAUAUCAUCGUACGCUCAAGUCCGAAUGUAGUUGUCCAACGCGGUCAACCGUUCGAAACGGUCAAUGUGCUAAAUGUGAUUCCAUAUUAUUGAUUCAGUUGCGAAUUGAGCAUUUGUAUGUGAUUCAUUCCGUUGCUGAUUUCUGUUGAUUUUCCCCUUCCAAUUAGUGACGUGCAUAAACUGUGUAUCAACUCGAACCAUUUAGCAAUUAUUGUGAAACCAGCCCUUUGCGAUUGGGUUUUUAUACCGUGGUACUCUUUGUACUUCGUCCUUUUUUAUUAUUAUUUGGCUACAAGGCUGCAGCAAUAAAAGUGAAAUAAUGACAAAAUAAAUCAUCGUACUGUAAGCUACCGUA